UUCUCUCUCCCUCCAAGCCCGUGAGCUGUAUGAGUGUGCGCGCGUGCUGGUGUAAAUCUGACAGCGCGCAGCGGCUGCAUUUCCUCGGGAAAAGCGCGUUUUGCUCCCUGCCCGUCCUCUUCUUGGCGCUCUCAUCAAGACAGUGCCGAAGAGAGCAGUUUCAAAAAACAACCACAACCUUUUUGGAAUAAGAAACGCAUUGCUGUUUUCUGACUUGGAUGAAAGGGACUCCUCUGGAAUUUCUUCCGGAAUGAAACCUUCAAGCCCUGUUACCGGGUGCUUUACCGCUCAACCGCUUCGGCGCGUAUAAUGUGACCGACUAUUCCGCUCUAGGGAAAUUCAGAGGAGUUUCGUUCAUUCUGGUCUGAGGCAGCGAUAGCAACUCUUAUUCUAAAUAGCACAGCAUUUGCGUCUCCCUGGUUCAGCCCGUCCCUUGGGGCGUGUUGAUUCCACCCGUGGGUCAGCGAGCUACACUCGCGCCAUCGGGACAGCAUGUUGGCACCAGUGUGACCCCAGCCUCGUUUUAUGUUCUCUUCCCGGAGACGUCCGCCACGACAUGAGGCCCGCGGCAGGUCUAAGCAGAGAGAAUGUUCCUUGACUUUCACACCCAACGCCCCAAGCUUGUGAACUCCUGGAAAGUCUGCCUGAGUGCUGAAAGGCUGUGACUACAUCCCCUGCAUCUGAGAAAUCAGAGCGGACUGACUCACAGGGCUCUGUGAGCCAGCGCCACCGAGGCUGCCAAAGCAUGCUGGUGCCAAGCUGUCCCAACAUGCGCCGCGCCAGGCCCGCGCUGAUGCUCAUCGCCCUGGCUCUGCUGGUCCACCUCGCCGACGCUCAAACGCCGCCAAAGUUUUUACGAACGCCCAACGACCAAACGGGCGUACAGGGCGGCGUGGCCUCCUUCAUCUGCCAGGCCACUGGCGACCCACGUCCCAAGAUCGUAUGGAACAAGAAGGGGAAGAAAGUGAGCAACCAGCGAUUCGAGGUAGUGAUCGAGUUCGACGACGGCUCCGGCUCGGUGCUGCGAAUCCAACCGUUGCGCACCCCGCGUGACGAGGCCAUAUACGAAUGCGUGGCUUCAAACAGCGUUGGCGAGACCAGCGCGACCACCCGGCUCACCGUUUUACGUGAGGACCAGCUGCCCCCUGGUUUCCCCACCAUAGACAUGGGCCCACAACUAAAAGUGGUGGAGCGAACUCGAACCGCCACCAUGCUCUGUGCCGCCAGCGGUAACCCGGAUCCGGAUAUCUCCUGGUUUAAAGACUUCCUCCCCGUCAAUACCACCAACAACAACGGGCGCAUUAAACAGCUCCGAUCAGAAUCCUUUGGUGGUACGCCAAUAAGAGGAGCCCUGCAGAUUGAGCAGAGUGAGGAGUCGGACCAGGGAAAAUAUGAGUGUGUGGCCACCAACAACGAUGGGACGCGCUACUCGGCGCCGGCCAACCUUUAUGUCCGAGAGCUGCGAGAAGUGCGCCGGGUGCCGCCGCGCUUCUCCAUCCCGCCCACGGACAACGAGAUCAUGCCGGGCGGCAGCGUGAACAUCACGUGCGUGGCGGUGGGUUCGCCCAUGCCGUACGUCAAGUGGAUGCUGGGCGCCGAGGACCUGACGCCCGAGGACGACAUGCCCAUCGGGCGCAACGUGCUGGAACUAACCGACGUGCGUCAGUCGGCCAACUACACAUGCGUGGCCAUGUCCACAUUGGGUGUCAUUGAGGCUGUGGCGCAGAUCACCGUCAAAGCAUUGCCAAGGACUCCUGGCGUCCCGGUGGUCACCGAGCGUACCGCCACCAGCAUCACCCUGACUUGGGAUUCGGGAAAUCCUGAACCGGUGUCGCACUACAUAGUCCAGCACAAAUCCAAGUACUCUGAGGACUCGUACAAGGAGAUUGACAGUGUGGCGACAACGCGCUACAGCGUGGGCGGCCUCAGCCCCUACUCGGACUACGAGUUCCGUGUGGUGGCCGUCAACAACAUCGGCAGGGGCCCGCCCAGCGAAAGUGUGGAGGCCAAAACGGCCGAGCAGGCGCCCAGUACGGCGCCGCGCCGCGUUCGGGGACAAAUGCUGAGUUCCACAACGGCCGCCAUUAACUGGGAAGAACCGGAGGAACCCAACGGGCAGAUUAUGGGCUACCGAGUGUACUACACCCUGGACUCCAACCAGCACGUCAACCUGUGGGAGAAACAAAUCGUCCGGGGGGUUAACUUUGUCACCAUCCAAGGCCUCAUCCCCAAUAAAACAUACUACAUCAAGGUGCUGGCCUUCACCUCGGUUGGCGACGGGCCUCUCUCUCCUGAUCUUCAGAUCAUCGCGAAAACGGGAGUUCCUUCCCAACCAACGGACUUCAAGGGCGAGGCCAAGUCGGAAACCAGCAUUUUGUUGUCGUGGGUCGCGCCGGUCCAGACAGGACAGGAGAACCAAAUCACGGGAUACGACCUCUUGUACAAGAAGAGGGACGAUAAAGACGAGAGGCGAAUUAGCUUCGAGCCCACCUCCACUUACCUCAUGAAGGACUUGAAGCCCUUCACCACAUACGCCUUCCGCCUGGCGGCCCGUAGCAAGCACGGCGUCGGCGCGUACACCAGCGAGAUCUCCGCAGAGACUCCGCAAACACAACCCUCUGGCCCGCCCACGGAGGUCAGGUGCUCUAGUCCCACUUCCACGAGCAUCCUGGUAAGUUGGCGGGAACCCCCGAUGGAAUCGCAGAACGGGAUCAUAACCCGAUACAGCAUCGAAUACGCCGCCAUCGAAGUGGAGGACACCUCCACGAAACGGAUUCUGGACAUCCCCCCGGAGAGCUCGCAGUACCUUUUGGAACACUUGGAAAAAUGGACAGAAUACCACGUGACAGUCACUGCUCACACGGACGUCGGAGCCGGGCCGCAAAGUACGCCGCAACUGGUCCGCACAGAGGAGGACGUUCCUAGCGGGCCACCUCGUAAAGUCGAGGUGGAAGCUGUCAACUCGUCGUCAAUUAAAGUCAUCUGGCGCUCGCCGAUGCCCACCAAGCAACAUGGGCAGAUCCGAGGUUACCAGGUGCACUAUGUCAGGAUGCUUAAUGGGGAGCCCACAGGACAGCCCGCCAUCAAGGAUAUCCUGAUUGAUGAUGCCCAGUGGGAAUAUGAUGAUUCAACCGAUCAUGAAAUGAUCAUCUCAGAGCUGCUGGCCGAGACCACGUAUUCUGUUACCGUGGGGGCCUAUACCACAAAGGGCGACGGUGCACGCAGCAAGCCCAAACUGGUUACGACCACUGGCGCAGUUCCUGAUAAACCUCGGCUAAUGGUCAGUCCCACCAACAUGGGCACGGCUCUCCUCCAGUGGCAUCCCCCAGCGGUCACCCACGGACCUCUGCAAGGUUACCGCCUCCGCUUCGGCCGCAAAGACCAGGAACCGUUGACAGUCAUCGAGUUCCCCGAGCGGGAUAACCACUACACCACCAGAGAAAUCCAUAAAGGCGCCUCGUACACGUUCCGGCUUUCGGCACGCAAUAAGGUGGGCUUUGGCGAAGAAACGGUCAAGGAAGUGACCACUAACGAGGACGUGCCGAGCGGCUACCCCCAGUGGAUCACGGCCGACGCCGCUACCACAUCCACUAUUCAGGUCAGCUGGCAAGAGGUGCUGCUGGCCGAGCGAAACGGCCAAAUCAUCAAGUACGCGCUGCAGUACAAGGACAUCAACAGCCCGCGCAGUCCCUCAGAACUCUUCAUCACCGCCCCUGAAUCCACAGUGGUCUUGGACGGCCUUAAGGCAGAUACCACUUACGAUAUUAAAAUGUGUGCCUUCACCAGCAAGGGUUCUGGUCCCUAUAGCCCAAGUGUCCAAAUCAGGACACAGCCUUUGGAUCAAGCAGUGUUUGCAAAAAAUUUCCAUGUGAGAGCUGCCAUGAAAACAUCCGUGCUGCUGACGUGGGAGAUCCCUGACACCUACAACGCCGCUCAGCCUUUCACGAUCCUGUAUGACGACGGACAAAGCGUAGAGGUGGACGGCAAGCUGACCCAGAAGCUGAUCACGGGGCUUCAGCCGGAGACGCAGUACUCCUUCUUGUUGACCAACCGCGGCAACAGUGCCGGCGGUCUUCAGCACCGCGUGGCCACCAUGACUGCACCAGACAUCCUCCGCACCAAACCCUACCUGAUCGGCAAGACCAACUCGGACGGCAUGGUGACAGUGGAGCUCCCUUCGGUGCAGACAUCUGAAAAAGUCCGGGCGUAUUACAUCGUGGUGGUGCCCCUGAAGAAGCAACGUAGCGGCAAGUUCCUCAAACCCUGGGACAAUCCAGACGAGAUGAAUUUGGAGGAGCUGCUGAAGGAGAUAAACCGCACGAGCAGAGGCCUCCGACUCCGCAGGCAGGCGGAGCCCAAGGCGUACAUCGCCGCCUACUUCCGAGACCUACCCAAAGACUUCACGCUGGGCGAUGGAAAGUUUUACGGCGACUUUGAAAACAAGCAACUGCAAAACGGACAGGAGUACAUCUUCUUUGUGCUCGCCGCUUUGGAGAUAUCCGACAACAUCAUGUACGCCACAAGCCCAUACUCCGACCCGGUGGUUUCGGCCGACAUCGACCCCCAGCCGAUCAUCGACGAGGAGGAGGGUCUCAUCUGGGUGGUGGGCCCGGUGCUCGCCGUUGUCUUCAUCAUAUGCAUCGUCAUCGCCAUUCUGCUGUACAAGAGCAAACCCGACAGGAAAAGGGCUGAAUCAGAAGCCAGGAAAGGUAGUCUCCCCAACAGCAAGGAGAUGCCCUUGCAUCACCCCACUGACCCCGUUGAGCUUCGCCGCCUCAACUUUCAGACACCCGGUACGCGCUCGUCCGGUCACUCAAGUAGCCUCCAUUUGUCAAGUAUGGCGAGCCACCCCCCAAUCCCCGUCAUGGACCUGGCGGAGCAUCUGGAGCACUUGAAAGCCAACGACAACCUCAAGUUUUCACAAGAGUACGAGUCCAUCGACCCCGGGCAGCAGUUCACUUGGGAACACUCCAACUUAGAGGUGAACAAACCAAAGAACCGCUACGCCAACGUGAUCGCCUACGACCACUCGCGAGUCUUGCUCUGCGCCAUUGACGGCAUCCCGGGAAGCGACUACAUCAACGCCAACUACGUGGACGGCUACCGAAAGCAGAACGCAUACAUCGCCACGCAAGGCGCUCUGCCCGAAACAUUUGGGGAAUUCUGGCGAAUGGUCUGGGAACAAAGGAGCGCCAUUGUUGUCAUGAUGACCAAGUUGGAGGAGCGAUCCAGGGUCAAAUGUGACCAGUACUGGCCCAGCAGAGCAACGGAGACAUAUGGCCUCAUUCAAGUGACUUUGUUGGACACGGUGGAAUUGGCCACAUACUGCGUCAGGACAUUUGCACUUUUUAAAAACGGCUCCAGCGAGAAACGGGAGGUCCGGCAGUUCCAGUUCACGGCCUGGCCGGACCACGGGGUGCCGGAACACCCGACGCCGUUCCUGGCCUUCUUGAGACGGGUAAAGGGGUGCAACCCUCCGGAUGCCGGGCCCAUGGUGGUGCACUGCAGCGCCGGCGUGGGUCGCACGGGUUGUUUCAUUGUGAUCGACGCCAUGCUGGAGCGAAUCAAGCACGAGAAGACGGUGGACAUCUACGGGCAUGUGACGCUGAUGCGCGCCCAACGCAACUACAUGGUGCAGACGGAAGACCAGUACGUCUUCAUCCACGACGCGCUGCAGGAGGCCGUUAACUGCGGCACCACCGAAGUGCCCGCCCGGAACCUCUACGCUUACAUCCAGAAACUGACGCAGAUAGAGGCCGGAGAGAAUGUCACCGGCAUGGAACUUGAGUUCAAGCGUUUAGCCAACACGAAAGCCCACACAUCACGAUUCAUCAGUGCCAAUCUCCCCUGCAACAAGUUCAAGAACCGCCUUGUAAACAUCAUGCCAUACGAGUCCACACGCGUGUGUCUGCAGCCCAUUCGGGGCGUGGAGGGAUCCGAUUACAUCAACGCAAGUUUCAUUGACGGCUACAGACAACAAAAGGCCUACAUUGCCACACAGGGACCAUUGGCGGAAACCACAGAGGACUUCUGGAGAAUGCUCUGGGAGCACAACUCUACUAUCGUCGUGAUGCUAACCAAGCUCAGAGAAAUGGGCAGGGAAAAAUGCCACCAGUACUGGCCCGCGGAGAGGUCAGCCAGAUACCAGUACUUUGUGGUGGACCCCAUGGCCGAGUACAACAUGCCGCAGUACAUCCUCCGGGAGUUCAAAGUGACGGAUGCCAGGGACGGGCAGUCGCGAACGGUGCGACAGUUCCAGUUCACAGACUGGCCCGAGCAAGGAGUGCCAAAAUCCGGGGAGGGCUUCAUUGAUUUCAUUGGCCAAGUACAUAAAACGAAAGAACAGUUUGGCCAGGAUGGGCCUAUCUCAGUCCACUGUAGCGCUGGCGUCGGUCGGACCGGAGUCUUCAUCACCCUUAGCAUUGCCUUGGAGCGAAUGAGAUAUGAGGGCGUCGUAGACAUCUUUCAGACCGUGAAGAUGUUGCGGACGCAGAGACCAGCCAUGGUGCAGACAGAGGAUCAAUACCAGUUCUGCUACAGGGCCGGAUUAGAGUAUCUGGGAAGCUUUGAUCACUAUGCAACGUAAAAGGACUCAGCAUCGGAGGGAAAAGCGUCAAAGGAAAGAAAAGAAAAAACCCAGUUGCGCCUCUCUUCUGAGCCAUACAUGACUGCUUGAGAACGUACAAACUCCUUGCAAACAACUCAUUAAGUGUUGGAUGUGCGACAUGAACACACACACAAAAAAGAUUCCCUGGAGGACCAAGUACAGUAUUUUCCCAAUCCAAGUUUGAACCGGCCUUGUCAUCAAGUGAUGGAAUCUAGACCAUUGAAGCAUCUCGUUGGAUUUUUUUUUUUUUUUUUUGCUUCAAGGAUUUAUUUGGGAGUAAACGAACCCAGCACAGAAUGUGACUCGAGCUGGGUGAAUGAGUUACGAGGAGCGUGGGAAACUUGACGCACAUUGUAAAGAAAAAUAAAUCACAAUCACAUCCAUCGGGACAACCCAGACAUCGCUUGAACGGACCCUGACGUUGAAGUACUCCCCCCCUCCCCUCCUGUCUCAAUGUUCAUCAUCUAAAGUUUGCAAGGGGAUAUACAAAAAAAGAAUCUAUGGAAUAAAGCAAAUCAUUAAUUUAGUUUUUUAGUACUUUAUUAUACAGCUGAUGUGAUUUUUUUUUCUUUUGAAAAUGUGUACAUUUCAUUUUUUUUUACACACUGAAAGAAACAUUGACAUCCACAUUUUCCUUUUUCUCAAGCUGUUUGUGCAGGAUUUACAUUUUCUGGUUUGUAGCACAUGGAUUGACGAAAAAAAAAAAAAAAAAAAAAGAAAAGGCUCAGCGGCAGCCUUACCUUUUGGCCUCGAUUGUUUCCCCAUCACCUCCCAUCCGAUAAACUGGGGCUUUGUGGAAUCAACAGGGAUGAGCAAAGUAUGAAGUUGCUGCUAUCAAUUAUCUUAGUUCUUCCAUGUCAGGAUGAUCAGAGGAAUUAAUCAGAUUAGUUAUAUAUAUAUAAAUAUAUAAUGAGAUAUGAAAUAAAUAAAAAAUAUAUUCUAAAUAUAAAGUCCAAAAGAAAAUGUUCUGGUUGGUCGAACGCUUGCGAACGGCGUGGGAAAGUGAUGUUUCACUGGAAUGCACAUCGGUAGGACACAAUUCUGAUUCAGUGCAUUUUUUCUUGUGCAAUAAUAGACGUGUUAUGAAGUCAUGACGUCCCGCCCCCUGCAGGCAACACGUGGAAUUUUUCAUCAGCUGUCUGUCACUCGCCGCGCCACACAAUUGGGCAAAUUACAAAGAAACGUCUUGUAUGUUAUUUAAACCCUUUCUCUCGUAUUCCCAUUUUGCAUUUAGAGUGCCUUAUAUUUAUGCCUGUUUUUAUACCAUCUCAGUGUAUCUUUUGAGUAUCUAUGUAUAAAUAUAUAUUUGCGUUUAUUUACAGUAGUAUUCACUAUGUCACAUGAGAUUAUAUAUGCAAACAUUUUUAAGAUCAUUUUGUCAUUUUCAGUGGCCUUACCGUGGCUGGGUGGGUGCGACGGACCUUGUCGGGGGGGGGGGGGGGAAUAGAAAUUCAGAUUUUCAAAAUGUAAAAUAUUCAAAGUGAGCAAGAUGAGGACAUGUUUGGUGCUGUUAUUCAGUCAAAUGAGUGAGACUCCAAGAUGGAGGUCUCUCAGGCGUGUCGAUGUGUGUUCAGUAUUGGGUAGCAAGCCAAAGUAGUCAAAGCUAAAAGAGAGAAAGAAAAAUCAUAGUUCAUGUUUUCGGGGGUGAAGGAAAAUGCCACUCAAGUCUGAUCUUAACGUUUUGUACGCAUUUCAACUGAGAAGCUAGACGUUAUUUAUAGAUCUUAAGUGAGGGAGGUAAAAUGGCUACCAAAUAGCUCCUAAAUGACCUUGGAAAAAAAAUAACAGUCAAAUCAUUAUUUUGUUCAAAUUUCUACAUGUAUUGUUAAUAGUGCAAUAGGGAAGCAGAGUUUUAUUUUAUUUUUGGGCAAGAAACAAAGCUUGUUCAAAUUGCAGAAUUUACCCACACCGGGUGGAAAAUGAAAAUUAAAAAAAAGUUCAACAAUGCAUUACUAUUAUUAUUUUUCAAUCACGACAAAGAAUUCACGUUGAUUGGCAUCUUUAAAGACCAUUCAUUCGCUUUUUGUGAUGGCUUAAUGGAUGUGCAUUCCAGGUCUUUCUUUCCCUUAUAAACAUGUUAUGUUGUUCAUUUCCAGACAUAAAAGUACUGUUAGUGGGUGAAGUGUUUUUUUUUUGUUCAUUUUUGUUUAUCUAAGACGCAUGGUCACACGUCGCAAGAUGGGCCCGGUCGGCCUACUAAGGAAGAUUUGCACUUUCUCUGUCUUUGUACUAUGCACCGCCCUAUUGAUUCUAAACCCAAUAAUAUAUUACUUGAACCCAUUAUGGAAAGGAAAAAAAAAAAAUUCUCCUUCAACGUUCACUUUGUGUGUAUGUAAAUAACACAAAAAGGUAUCAACUAUUUAAAAAAAAAAAAAAAGUUGUGGAAAACAAACAAACAAACAAAAAAAGAGCGUCCAUUCUGUUGCUGCGGUUACUCCAGCAAUGUCUCUGGAAAAUUCUGCCGCCUCGCCCCAAGAUCACAUGUUCAGCUUGGAGUGUCAUUAACAGAAAUAAACGUUGUGUUCCUCUGCGCUCUCUAUCUAUCUCUCAUCUGGAUGCAUAGACUGAAGAUGAAGAAAUGAAUUGUAAAGAAAAAAACAAAAAAAACGGCUUGUUCAUACAAUUACCUCUGAUUAAUUGUAAGCGUAAAUUGUUUCUUUUUUCUGAAUGAAAGGAGUGCUUUUUAUUUUCUUACUUAGGUCACAUUGGUGGGGAAAGAAGUCUGUAUAAGAAAUCAAAAAUUCACAUUUGUUAUAAAUGAAUUCUAUUAAAAAAUGUCUGUGUUAUGCA